UCCCAUAUGUUCUUAUGUACUAUUAUCAUAGCAUUUGUCACAAACGAGCAACUCAUCUCUAGCCGUAGCCAAUUACAUGAAACAAUAAAUCAUUUAUCAUGAAGUAAACUUUAUUCUCGUGUAAAGUAAGGUCGUUUGGAAGUUACGAUUGUUAAAUAGAUGUAUUGUUGAGAAUGCAUGUAUAAUAUUAUACAUGUAUUGCCGAAUUUGAUGCAUUGUAGAAUACAACGCUUGGUAUGUAUGAUUGUGUAUGUCGACAAUCACAACUCAACUAUCUCAACAAUCACAACUAAAAGUUGAGAUAUAACAAUCACUCAAAAUGAGUGAUAGUUUCUGUCACAUCAUAGAAACAAUCCAUGUAUUGUUUUUGCUAAACAAAAAAAAAAACUAUGCAUUGUAAACAAUACAUGCAUGAUGACAAUCUCAACAAAACAAUCGCAACUUCUAAACCAAUCCUUAAAUAUAUUUCUUGAUCUCUGUAAUGCUAAAUUCGACAACCAAACCACCCAUGUUAGACCGAGUGGACCAGGUGGAGAGUGGAGCCCGAGUUUGAUGGCGAUGCCUACUCGGACCAACUCCGUUGAAUAAUGAAAUCACAAUUACACAUUGGCGAUUCCGUAGUAGAGACACAGAAGAUUCUUUCCCAAAUCAGAGAUCAGAAGAAGCCGACGGAGAAGAGAUAAGCCGCCCAGGCUCUCUCCUCUGAGCCAGCCGCUGACCUAUCUCUCAGUCUCUCUCCCGGGCUGCGACAAGCUUUCUCGGCGGUGGAGGCACCCCAGUCCUCCUCUCAUGGCCGCCACCGCAGCUCGAGCUUUCCUUCUUUCUCGCGACCUGUCGCCCAAACACCACCCACCACCGUCCCUUCCUUCCUCGACGUCCCUCGCCGCCGCGGCUCCAUUCUUCCUCCGUCGCCACAACAACAACAAUUUCAAUUCGAAUUCCCAUCAUCAUCACGCGGCCUGGGCUGCUGCUGUAACGACGACGACGACGACGGUGAGCUGCCUGAGCAGCGGCGGCGGGAUCUCCGACGAAUUCGUCUCCACUCGGAAGUCCAGCCUGGACCGGGGAUUCUCCGUAAUCGCCAACAUGCUCAAGAGGAUCGAGCCCCUCGAUAACUCCAUCAUCUCCAAGGGAGUUUCGGAUUCGUCCAAGGACUCGAUGAAGCAGACCAUCUCCACCAUGCUGGGAAUCCUCCCUUCCGCUGAUUUCUCCGUCACGAUUCGAUUCGCCAAGCUGCCUCUCGACAGCCUCCUGAUAUCCGCCAUCAUUACAGGGUACACGCUGUGGAACGCGGAGUACAGGAUGUCUCUGACGAGGAAUUUGGAGAUUUCAAUGGAGAAUUGGAGGAGAUCGGAUUCCGGCGAACCGCAAUUGGAGACGAAGGAGGAAAGCGAUGUUAACAAGGGACGAGUUGGUGAAGUUGGAGCUCAGGAUGUGGAAAUCAGUCCUCAGGUUUUGGGGGAUUUGCCGCAGGAGGCAUUGAAUUACAUUCAACGCUUGGAAUCUGAGUUAUCUGACGUGAAAGAGGAACUGAAGUCAUGGGAGCAGGAAAUUACAGAAAUGGAAAAUGGCAGAGGAAACAAGAAUUGUUUAUUAGAGUACCUACGGUCUCUGGAUCCUGACAUGGUAAAGGAGUUAUCUCGACCAUCUUCAAUAGAGGUGGAGGACAUCAUUCACCAGCUUGUUCAGAGCACAGUGCAGAGGUUCUUCAAAGACGAGCCGACCUUGAGUUUCAUGGGUGAUUCGGUCGUGUCAAAUGCUGCAGAAGGAAGUUAUCAGAUUGGUGCUGAUGAAUUCUGCUCAACUAUCGGCACUUCUCGUGAUUACCUGGCGAAACUGCUUUUCUGGUGUAUGCUAUUGGGGCAUCAUUUGAGAGGAUUAGAGAACAGAUUGCAACUAAGUUGUGUCGUAGGAUUGUUGUAAAUGAAGAAGCAGAAGCAGUAGCAACAGAAAGAAGAAUUGGUAGACAAAAAAGGCGCAAGAGGAGAACAAGGGACAGGUGCCAGGCUAUUUGUACAUUCCUUUAAUUUUGUCUUGCUUCUAAAUUUUUGCAUACUUGAUGUUGUCUUGGUGUAGUUAAAAGAUGUUAAUUUUAAAUGGAAGGUUAACUCAUCAAAACUUGUAAGAUUCACCUUUCUCCUCUUUCCCCUCCCCCCUCCUGGAAAAAGAAACGUAGCAAAUAUAUAGAAGGCAUCCAGGUUUCCAGACUUCAUCGUUCUAUUUGGCAAAAUUGUUAGAUAUUAUCAGUAGCAUUUUUAUCAACAAGCCCGUCUAGCUCAGUUGGUAGAGCGCAAGGCUCUUAACCUUGUGGUCGUGGGUUCGAGCCCCACGGUGGGCGUUGAUAUUUUUUCGUCCUGAGCAUCAGCAAUGAGUUGAGAUGCAACAUUUUACAUAUAAAGUAAUAAUUUUGAU